AUGCUCAGAUCAGCUGUUUCACUACAAAAAACAUUCACUCGAAGCAUGAGCAAGUUUUACGAUUUCACCGUCAAAGACGCAGCCGGUCAGGAUGUUACCAUGGAGAAAUACAAGGGGAAAGUUGUCGUAGUCGUCAAUGUUGCUUCUCAAUGCGGAUUGACUGAGUCUAACUACACUCAACUGAAAGAACUUCUAGACGUAUAUCACGAGCAAGGUCUGGAAGUUUGCGCAUUCCCUUGUAAUCAGUUCGGAGGGCAGGAGCCAUCUUGUGCUAUCGAUGUUCAAUCCUUUGUCACCAACAAAUACAAAUUUGAGCCAGAUCUUUAUGAUAAGAUUGAUGUGAACGGAAACUCUGCUGCUCCUUUGUACAAAUUUUUGAAGAAACAAAAGGGCGGUUUCCUUGUGGACGCUAUCAAGUGGAAUUUCACCAAAUUCCUGAUUGACAGAGAUGGAAAUGUUCUCAAAAGAUUCGGACCUAACGAUGAGCCCAAGACUAUGGUGAAGGAUAUCGAGGCUGCUUUGCAUCCAGCCAAGCUAUAA